AUGCUCCUCAAGGCCGGUGCCGAUGGAGGCUCUCAAGCCGGGUACCUCCUCCACAACGAAAUUAUGAACUACGUUAGCGAGGCCUAUCCCCAGGCAGCCAGUCAGGACUGGAGCGUCAUGGUUCAGAUCGUGCUAAAUCUCGACGGUCUGGCCAAGAAGCUCCACGCCUGUGGCAUUAUUUCCAAUACUGCUGCUGAGCGCACUUUGUCCGACUUUGGACGUGGCUUUGGCCGUGCUCAGCCCCUGUUCAGCUUCAUUGACGUCGGCUCUGGCAAGGAGUCCGCCGAUCACAAAAUUCGCGAAACCUUGCGCCUGAUGGUUCGCAUCAAUCAGUGCAAGCACAUUUUCUUUGGCCCUUGCCAUGAUAACGGAUACCUUCCUGUCCUUGAGCCAUAUAAGCUAGACCCUAAGGUUUACCCGCGUCUGACGCUUAUCGAGACCACUCCUGCCGAGGAGGGCUUUAAACAUCUCAAUUUUCAUCGAAUUUCGUUCAAGUCGGUCUUCAGAUCCGAAAAACUCCCCGAUCGCGUCGAGCGCCCCAGUGUAUCAAGUGUGUCAAGCGUUUCUGCCGUCGCGUCGCCUCCCACUGCCGGCAUGCAACCGCUGCCGCCCCCGGUGCACGUCCCCACGAGCAAUGGAAAUGGCGGCGCCCUUUUGAGAAGCAACACGAACGAGAGCCAGCCCCAGCGUGUUGCGAGCCCGCAGUCAUCGAGCGGCGGUGCGCAGACACCUACCUCCUGGUCUGUCGUCACUAAGGUCUCGACCGGCAAGACGAUUGAUAUUUCUUCCAAGAAACCUGCGCCUAAAAAGUACUAUCUUCUCAACGUUGAGAGUCAGCGCGUCGACGAGCAGUUCCCGCGUAUUGACCCGAACGUCGAGAAGCGUUUCAAAGAGCGCAUGACAAAGUCUGGCAAAAACCUCUGCAACAAUUUUCAUCUUCAUGGAUUCUGCAAGAAUGGCGAUGCGUGCCCAUUCCUCCACGGUGAAAAGCUGAGUCAGGGAGAAUUGACACUGCUAAAGCAGAAAAAACCUCGCGUCAAGGUUUACGAAGAUGGAACUACCCAAAUGCUCGCGGCCUAG